AUGGCUACUCCAUCUUCUUUACCCACAAACCCUAACCCCAGUCCCAGUCCACCACUACCUCAAUCGCCACCACCGCAAACACCACCACUACCCCAAAGCCAAACACCAACCCUCAUUCCGCCGACCCCCCUCUCGCCACAAAAUGAGCCACAAAAUGAAACACCCAUUUUCGAAACUCAGUUCCAAGAACCAAUGUUUGAACCUGCGCCAGCUCAAACCAAAUCUAAAGGUAAAACUAAAAAGGCUGCUGGUAGACCCAAGAAAGCCACUGUCGAAAAAAGAAAAGGAACGCCCUCUGUUCCUUUGGACUUAAACUCUCCACCUCAACUUUCCUCUGAACCAGUCAGCAAAAAAACUAGGUCCUCCUCGCAAAUUCCAUCACCAGCGGUUCAAACCCCUGUACCUCAGUCACCCUUAAACUCUCCCCAGCCUGCCACUGCUCCAGCAGCACCUAUGUCAUCUGCCAAUGAUAUAGAGGAGGUACUUUCUCCAUUACCUUGGGCUUUUAAAUACAUGGAUAUGAAAAAUGCUUAUGAGAGUUUAGCUUCUAAACCUAUUUUGGCGAACAAAUACAUGGAUGAGCAGAUUUUAAAAGAGAUUCGGGCUAUAAAAGUAUUGAGUGGUAACAAACCAUCUAUGACCCUGUUAAGUUCUGGAAAGAUAUUGCACCUUAUGGGGGUUAUUACAGACAGAGGACAACAAAAGCCUCUAGGAUAG